AUGGGACCGUCUUCUUUAUUGAUGGUGCUAGCCUUAUUUCAAGAAAUAGGUGCUGAGUUCCGGGAUUACUACGAUGACGUCUCCGAAGACUUACAUGAGAUGUUAAGUAACCAUUCCAUCGAUGAGGGCGACGAUACUUCACAUUUGCAAAUCCAUGAAAUUCUUCAACAUUAUGGUGAUUGUCGCGACAAGGAGUGGCCCUGCAACAAGCACUGUCGACUGGAAUUUCGCCAGAAAACCGACAAAUGCCAACGGCCAGGUCCUGGCGACAAAUGUUUUGGAAUACCUAUAACCUAUAAAUACACCCGCGACUUCAACAUCGACAGAUUUCCCACAGAAUUGGGAGUAUUGAGUCGCUAUCCAAGGUGCUGGUCAUAUCUUGGUCCAUUAAUAUGUGCUACACUGUUUCGCCCUUGCUCCCACCAUCUCUUCAUCGAAAAGGAUGCAAAUGGCAGGGUAAAGAUUUAUCUUUCCCGAUUUUCCAAAAUGUUCGCAAAAAGCUCGUCACUUUUCUACAUAUCUCAUGCUGUGAUCUCUGCUGCUGGAUAUUGUUUCGUUUGGAGCCUAUCUUUGUUUGACCUUUUCUUUACACUAUCUGAAUGCUCCAUCGAAGGUAUCUCUCGUCGUUAUGCGGUUUCCCACAGUAUCUUUGAGUGCUUCGUGAUUAAGCGCGAAAACGACGGCGUUUCUGGUGUUUGUUAUUACGGGUUACUUACGUGGUGGAAAUAUUGUGUUUCUAUUCUCCCCAUUAUGUGCCUAGCUUUGCUUCUUAUUGGCCUUGCACUGGUGAUAGCUUUAAAAAGAAAAGAUCUUCUGAAGUCCUUGGCUGUGAAGCAUGCUUUAAACAAACUGAAUAGAGCUGGGGAAGAAAAGCGUUUCAAGGCUUCUACAAGAUUUGAGAUCAAUGACGGUGAUGUCUUUGCUUGUGUUGGCGGUGCAGCUAAUGGGCCCAUACCUAUUACUGGGGAUCGGGGGAGUGAAAACCAUAAUCUACUUCCGGAGGAUUCUUUAGAAAAUAUAUUUGUUGACGAAUUCCGUAAAAGUCACUAUUCACUAAGCCGACGUUUUCACUACGAACGUAAUUUUGGGAUUUCAGCCAAAUGGACAGGUGUGUUCAGUAGUCCAGGAGAAGAAACAGGGAAGAUUCUUAAUCUUUACAGGGACGCUCUAAAUAACAAUUGCGAAAUGGAUAAUUUUUCUACGUUUUCCGCUAACGAUCAGGCAUGUGAAUCGGUUCCGAUGAAGACUGCCGCGUGUGCUAGUUUGGGUGCAGAUGCUGUAACCUUACCUAAGCUAGAGGUUUCGACAUCUUCUGUAGAUGAGACGCCAAAGAUCUCUCAAAUUGAUGUUCCUGAGGUUGAGGUUGAAGAAAACAAAAUAGCUAAUUUUGACCGUGAGAGUCAAGAGGAAUAUCACGAGGAGUUCUUGAACAUAGUAAACAAACUUCGUGACGAAUUGGCUUUCCAGCAGUCUGCAACAUCAUCAACGAAUUUCAAUGAACCACCAAACUCAUGCCCAGUAAAUGCUAGCAAAGUUGCGCCAAAGGAAGUUUUGGAUAAGACUUGUCCUCAAGUUCAAUGUCAGGACAUGCGUCAGCAUCCCAUAGAGCAGCCUGCGCAGCAAGCAUGAGAUGCUGGAGCUUCCCAACAACUGGGUAGAUCUCAUCAAAUUCUACGAAUUAGUGCCUAUGCUGAGUCGUAUUGUGCAACUCCUCAAGGAAUCUUAACAAAACUAACUUUGCCGGAGCUGCGAAUUCGAGUACAGCAGGUCAAGAACAUCUGCGCUGGCGACGCAUUGUAUCCUCAGGAGCUCUCUUAUAUGCUCUUAGUGACCGGUGAUAUCACAUUUGGAGGAAGAGCAGGGGAAGAACUCUUUUUGUACACUAUGGAGCAGCUGCCAAGCAUUUUUGGAACGAAUGUGCCGAGCAUUGACGCAAGGAUAGGUGUUCAGAAUUUCUUAAUGCAGAUGCGAAGAAGAGCACUUUGCGUGGUGGCUGCAAUUGGUUAUCACUUCUCCUUGCAUCAUCGCAGAGGUUUAGAGUACACGCCUCCUGUUCUGCCUCCAUUGGGACUGUAUAGGUCUGAAAACGAGCUGAUACUUCGGCGGGUUCUAGGUGAUAGUGAUGAUGUGUUGCCUUCGCUGCGUGAUUUUUUGCAAGAAUUCCAGUUUGGAAGAGGACCAGUAGUUGCUCGACCUGACCUGAAAGGACCAGUAGUUGCUCGACCUGACCUGAAGUUUGCCAAUGCAUUCAGGAACUAUCUAUGCCUUGUUGCUGUUAGAGAGGGUUUCAACAACAACGUUGAAGAAUACGUGCCUGACCCAGAUCCACCGCAGGAACCGUCAAACGGUCACGAAGAAGAAGAUGAUUCUACUGAAUCUGAUCCGGAUGAUACUGACCCUGUUGUACCGUUUUGA